GUCACGGCCAUAGCGACCCGGAGAUCGGUUCUUAAGGAGAAGGGUUGGAUUGAUUCCCCGAGUUUUCCUCGUUUUCUAGUUUUCGAUUUUUCACUAAUUUCUCAAUAAUUUAAUUUUUAAUCUCUUUUUUUAACAGCCGUACAACUUUAUUACAACUCCAGUUCCCCGGCGGCUCAUUUAUUAAUUUUACUUUAAUUUUAUUUACAUAACUGUCCUCCAUCUUCAGUUGUUCUUCAUUCUCGCUUGAAAACGUAAACAGAACCAAAUUGAAGGAACGAGUUGGAAAUUAUUGAAACUCGGUCUUCGUUUUCGUUUUCAUUGUUUUCAAACCAAAACGAAAUGGAAGAGAGCGAGUGCGUUAGCGGUGGUUUAUCUUCGCCGGAGAAGCUCGUGAAGGAGCACUUCAUCGUCGACGAGCUUCUCGAUUUCCCCAACGACGACAACGACGACAAAGUGCUCUUCACAGUCGACGAUGAGAACGUGUUCGACGCGGAACCAGUGAACUCAUCGGAAUCCUCCACCGUCGCCACCGCGAACGCAGGAGGGCCGAACUCAAAGCUCACCAGCGACGUCAACGCAUGGCCGAACUUUCUCUGCGGGGAUCUCUGUGAACCAUACGAAGAGUUGGCAGAGCUGGAAUGGUUAUCAAACUUCGUAGAAGAAUCGUUCUCGAGUGAAGACCUGGAAAAACUCCAUCUAAUUUCCGGCACAAAGGUCCAAACUGAAGCUCAAACAAACGGGAUGAACACCAACCAUGGCACGCCGGAGCCGGGGAUUUUCUUGCCGGAACCGUCAGUCCCCGGCAAAGCACGUAGCAAAAGGUCUCGUGCUGCGGCGUCGACGGCGUGGUCCUCAAGCCUUCUCGUCAUCUCACCAUCAACAUCGACUUCUUGUGAGUCCGAGCUCUUGGUCCCAAACAAUAACGGAAAUGCAACCAAAAAGCAAGGAAAGAAGAGAAGAGAGACGCCGGAGAAGCCGAGCUUGGCGGCGUCGGACGGGAGGAAGUGCUUGCAUUGCUCGACGGACAGAACGCCGCAAUGGCGAACGGGGCCGUUGGGGCCGAAGACGCUGUGCAAUGCUUGUGGAGUUAGGUACAAGUCCGGCAGACUGGUGCCGGAAUACAGGCCGGCGGCGAGCCCUACGUUCGUGCUUUCUAAACACUCUAAUUCUCACCGGAAAGUUAUUGAGCUCCGGCGUCAGAAGGAGAUGAGACAACAACAGAAUCUGAUUUCUGGCGCCGCCGCCAUGACGGCUGCCGGAGGUGGUGAUGAGUUCUUGAUUGAUCGCCGGAUUGGGCUUGAAUUUUAGCAGGUGGUUUAGAGAGAAGUAUGGUUUUUUUUAAUUU